AUGAAUGUUGGUUCUAUAUUGAAUGAUGAUCCUCCACCGCAAAAGACCAAUGAACAUCAAAGUUUGCAAUCGCCGUCAUCAAAUGUAGCAUUAGCUGCACAAUCGCCAACACAAAUUUCCAACCAACAACCAUCUUCGGCACAGGCUACUCCAUCUUCAUCAACUGCACGUUCAUCAAGUCAAUCCGUACACCAGAGACAUUCUAUAACUAAUAUGUUGAAUGGCCCUUCGAAUAAUACUGAUGCUGCGAAUGAUGAUGAACCAAAAAAUCCUGUCCCUAUACCACCUGCACCAGUACAACAUACGAGUUCUCACGAGCUGAUAUUUAAGAAACCAUCAAGUGCAAUGAGCUCGCCAAGUAUAAAUUACAGACAAGCUCCACAACUCAGUAGUGCGUUCUCAAGUGCCAAGACAAGUCCCCUGGCAUCAAAAAGGAAUAGCAUAGCCAAUAUCACCAACGAUUACGAUGAAGAACAGGAAAUUUCAUCCACCCCUUCCGCACCAGCAGUUGCCGCGACAGCAGCAUCUCCUGCAUCUAUCUCUAUGCAUAAUGUGCAACAACUGGUAAUUAAGGAACAGUCACCAACUCGUGUGGAUGAGCAGACAAUGAAGACCAGUAAUAGUUUGGUUAAUGUGAAUAACAGCAACGUUACUAGCAAGGAUGAUAACGCAAGUGAUACAAGUAAUGGUGCUAGUUCUACUAGAGUUAAUGCUAGUAUUGCUGCUAGUGCUAGUUCUAAUGUUAAUGCUAGCAAUGGAAGUAUCCCUCAAAAAGUAGAACAAGAAUCUACACAGCAACCAUUAACUGCGGAAGAGGAGGAUGACCUUGCACGAAUCAAAAAGAUUAAAGAAUCGAGAAAACCACGGAGAUACUCUACUCCUCCUAUUUGGGCUCAACGGUGGAUUCCACCGAAUGAACAAAACAAUCAACAUCAAUUUUCAACAUUGCAUCUGCAACAACAACAACAACAACAAGAAGGUGUAGAUGAUUUGAGUGGCACCUUUUCCACAACCAAGAUAUCACUGAAGCCUGUUUUUGAUUAUUCAUCGACUAGAUACGUUGACCUACAAUGUAGUAUUACAGGCAGGAUUCCACCCAGCUCUAUCACGCGGACUAUUGCUGAAUGGAUAUAUGCCAACUUUGCAAACAUCGAAGAUCAUAAUAGAAAAAAUGUUGAGUUGGAAUUGAAAUUCGGCAAGAUUAUAGAUAAGCGAACCGGAAACCGACUCAACCUUAAUGUUACCACCGAGUGCAUUUACAAUGACCCAUCGAAUGUUCGAUUUGAUAUGGAAGUUGAGGAAAUAGCAUGGAAGGACGUUCGCAAGCUAUUUGAAGAAUUGGAACGAGCAUAUCAAGACGAAAAACUCAAGGAUCCACAACACUCUGGUCCGAAACGGAAAUUUAACAUGCUUGAAUCGGAUCAAACCGACUCUUUCUACCAAAUAGGCAACAAGAAUGAGCAGAUACGGAAAGUGCGCGUCUCAAAGGACAACUUACUAUCUCCACCACGGUUUACUGCCAUCCAAAAAGAUCGCAUUGGUGACUUGUAUAUUCACGAACCCAAGUCCAUGUACGACUUGCGGUUAUCCUUAUCUUUGGAAGUUCCUGUCCCCGAAGCCAAUAUCGAGUCUAUCGUGAGUAAACAUUCCCCACAAAUGUCGAGAGAGAAAAAGAGAACAACAUGGACCCAUACGCCAACAAUUACUCAGUUUGAUUUGACUAGAGUGCUUAUUCCUAGAGAUUUCAAAAGUAAAAAAACAAACAAGAGAGUAAUUGACCAUGAAACAAAGUAUGAAAUAGAAAUGGAGAUUGAUACAUUGGAAGUAUUCAACUCAAUUGACAAGAUUAUUUCGGGCACGGACAACUUUAGGCUUGAAGAGUUGGUGGAAAUUUUCUUGAAUAAUUCUAGAGUAAUUAAUAAUAGGGUGACAAAACUAGCAGGAUAG